AUGGCUUCAUAUAAUCAGUGUAGCAGUCAAGAAGUUGAGUUCAUCUUAACUGGUUUUAAUGGACUUCAUGGUAUACAGGUCUGGUUUUCCAUCCCUUUCAUCAUUAUGCUUUUGGUGUCAUUAUUAGGAAAUAUAACAGUUCUGUUCAUUAUAGUGACUGAGCGAAGCCUCCAUGAACCUAUGUACUACUUUAUUUCCAUAUUAUCAACAGUAGAGCUUUUUACAGGGGUUAUGUUUUUGCCUCAGUUGUUAGUAGUGUUAUGGUUUGGCUCCCAAAUGUUAAAUAUCGAUAGUUGUGUUACACAGAUGUUUUUUAUUUACUUUUCAAUAGUCAUGGAAUCAUCAGUGUUAGCAUUAAUGGCUUAUGAUCGUUACACUGCAGUGUGUCGACCUUUGAAGUACUCAUCAAUAAUAACAAAUUCAUUUAUAUUGAAAGGAGGAUUAAUUGUUGUGGGCAGAAGUGCCUGUAUUAUACUUCCUGUUCCUGCAAUAGCUAGUUCUUUACCAUAUCACAAUAAAAGUUUUAUUGAUAAUGUAUAUUGUGAAUAUCUUGCUGUUUUAGGUGCAGCAUGUGUUGAUUCCAUUUUGAAAGACAUCUAUCUCUACUUUGCAUUUACUUUCUCAAUACUUCCUGAUUCAAUAGCAAUUUUUCUCUCUUACUAUAUGAUUAUUAGCGCUACAUUAAAACUAAAGACCAAGGUAGAUCGACUAAAAGCAUUCCACACAUGCAGUUCUCAUGCUUUUGUGAUUUUAUCUUUUUAUUUAUCUGGGGCUCUUUCACUAGCAAUCAUUCUUUCUAAGAACACAUUACCUGCAUACCUGCGUACCAUAUUUUCCAUUCUACACAUUAGUAUUCCUCCUAUACUAAACCCUGUAAUAUAUGGCAUAAAAAACAAAGAGGUUUUGAGGUUAAUAUUAAUGCACCUCAAAAAAAUUAGAAACAUCAGAUUUAGCAAAUGA